UGAUAGUUGUACAAGCUGGACCGCGUGCGCGGUGUUGUAAUCGUGUAACGAGGUUUGGGUGAGGGGUAGGUACAAGUGUGGAGAGUUUUUCUCUUGAUAGUGUGUCUGUCAAUCGUUCUUGUAUAAAGUGUAAUUACGGCUGCAUUGUUGACUGGGUUAAACAGGCGAGGCGCAACGCUGAUUUGUGUUCGUGGUCUUGGAUACUUGUAUCAACAGUUGGGCCGGGAUGUGUGUACGUGUUUCGGUAGCAGCAGCCUCGCCUCAGCCGACGUGAGCCCUCAUGGUAAGGCCCUGCACAGUCGCACGCUGCUACCUAACAAUGGGGCGCCGACGAAGGUGCUGAUUGGUCAAACAAGAAGCGCCAAAAUUCCUUGGGUGUUUUUUUCAAGAGAAUACCGCCCUCUGGUGAUGUUAAGGAGGCAGACGUCCCCACAAGCUUCAAGUCCACGUGGUCAUGUGACCAAGCGACCGUCUGUCGCUUUCUGUUCAUGUUCGUCGUCAAGGAAGAUACUGGAAGACCAAGCGAUGCAUUGUCGGCGAGAAACCGGUCGUUCCCCAACUAUGUUCAGUAUAGCAGAAGGGGGUUGUGAUUACGUCUAGUCCUGCGACUCUGCUACGGGACAGUUAAUGUAGAUACUAUUCAAGCUGCGAGCCCCGCGCCGCACUUCCCAUGGACACGCACGUGAGUUGGCUCCUGAAAAUCAGUCUCGUGCUCCUACUUGUCGGCGUCGCCUAUCCCUCCCGCCCCUCGCGACGACGACAGCAGCAGCAGCAGCAGCAGGACUCGGCAACGCAAGAGUUAUUCUCCGGAUCUAUUAAUUACCGCCGUCGUAUGCAGGAAGCCAUCUUGAUAAGGGAGACAACCGAUGACGAAGAUUUAACCUUCGAAACAGGAAGUGGUAUGGAGCUUACCGGAAUUUCUAACAGAGAAGACCUGCAAACUGGAGUAGAGGAUGUCGUGGAAGUCAAAGUCGACUGCUGUGAUGUUGGCAGGAUAGCGGCGCGGAAUGGCAUGCAUUGUCACGCCAAGAUCCAUGCCGCACUACUGGACCACGCCAACCGCACACGUGACUACCAUCGACGUGUUCGUCUGCCCGUCCAACAUCACCAACAGGUGUCUCUGCCGUUCCGAUCCUUUAACAUGUGCAUACAUAACCGUGGGUUGGAGUUCUAUAAAUGUUGUCAUGCUGGUAAGACCGACCCGAGGGGGAGAAGGACAAGCUAUAGACCGUCCAGGCCUAGAUAUCGCCCCCCAAGACGGUACCAGUUUGACAGACGGCCAUAUUCAAGAGGUUAACAAAUGGUGGCAAGGGACGUUACUCUAGCAUGGCUGACGUUCCUCGUGGCAUCUUACACUUCAUGUCUCGCCACCAACCGGACAGGCAUGACCAGAUUUCUUCCUCGAUCAGGGCCGGACAACAUCACCUCCCUUACGCAGACGUGUUCUUCUGCCAGUGUUCUUCAAUGUGUGCACUUCCGGAACAGAAGGACAAAGAAUGUGCCACCGUCUUUCCUUGGAGGAGUGAUACUUCUCUAGAUUAUUUGAUGCUGACUCAGGGUGCGACCUCCAUUAAUUGACCGAAAUGUGCUUUGGAGGUGGACGCUUUCAUGUUCUUGUGUUACCAAAUGACAGGUCAUGGACAGGGUGUUUAGUGUGUUCUGGAUGAUUGAGAACGGUAUUUACUGGUAUAGACCAUUUGCUCUGGGAGUGAGCUAACCCAGUUCGGGACAGGACGCUCACAGUCCCUCUGUUGCAUUCCUGCAAUGUCAAUACUCUGUAAUACUGCCCGUUCUACAAAGCUAUCUUAGCUCUACGACUGUCGUAUAUCUAUGUUAAAGUAAUGAUAGUCUUUGUGAAAAAGGGUCAUGGCCUUCUUGCACAAAGCAAGCUUAGACUGUUCUAAGUCUGUGUUUAAGUAUUGGAGUUAUGAUGGUCUUAGCGCUAAGAUUGUUUGUGAAUGCGGGCCCAGGUCCAAAACGCAUCCUUUAACAGCUACUGCCAUUCGGAAUCUUCUCAUCGCGUCUCUAAUCUGGAUGUAUUUAUAUGAGCGGGCAGAUGCUGUCAGCGCUCUCCGAUUAUUGAGGUGUUUAAACAUUGGUUUCCAAGUGGCGGGUACUACUAACACUGACGAUGGGCUCUCGCUCUAAGCAAAGAAUGUUAACCUCUCCCUCCUCCUUUUAAGUCAUGUGGCUACCCGCAAAAAAGGUUAAUUUUCUAGCUAAAUGAAUUUUUAAGACUUGGUACAAUCCUUAUACCUGAGGACAAUUUAAACUCCCCUAAAUUGUAUGAAGUGGUCUCUCUCUAAGGUCUCGUCACACCCCUACACUUGAAACUCAAGCCUCUGAAAGUUCAGAUUUUACCUCCUUAAAACUAAAAUAUGCAUGGGAUCAUUUUCUGCGUAUUUAUUGCGUGGACAAUUUCUUAAUGAUACUCAUAGCUGUAGAUCGUCAACUGUUUUGUAAUGAUGACCCCCUACGACGUUCCAUUCAAAUUUGUGGCUUUUGUGUGUGUGUUAAAUCUUACGUCUGUCCUGUGACGGUCAACGUAGUGUUUGUUUCUUCAAAACGAAAUAAGCUGCACAGGAUGACCCUUUUCAUAAUAGUGGAAGAUUAACUUGACCAAAGAGCGCAAACUGUCUCUUCAGAUAUAAGAACAUGCCCGAUUAUCCAGUGUAUUUUAUUUUUAUGCAACUUAAAUAAAACCUAGGACCCAUUCGCUACCAUGGCUUCGUCCCGAAGCUGAUUCGAAUAACAUGACGCUAAAAAUAGCCGUCCAAUCAAAUCACUCCAACGGGCGAGAGACAUUCUGUGCUACGUUACGAGAAAUGGAAAUAGUAAGGUUACUUCCAAAGCGAAACGCUGACUAAUGGGACUAUAAUAUUAGAGGGGAAAUAUCGUACCCUGUAUAUUCAGGAAGAGUCAAGGACGUUGUUUCACAUUAUUUUGUAUUGCGGGAACCGCACUUCACUCAAUCCGAGAGCCUGUUCCGUAUUCCUUAAUUCUUUUUUACAUUCUUCUUACACUGUUACUCGUACAUAACAGAAAAACACCUUUAUUUUUAAUUUAUGGCGCAACAUUAUGGUUUAAUACACAGGGUCAUUUGCUGGUGUCUUUUUUACAAUGCUAAUCAAUGCAAAAUGACACAUACUUUCCCGGUGAUAUUCGUGUCUCUUUCCUCCCCGACUGGAUCCGUUCGUCGCCUCUUGUAUCAUUCCGGAACAAGCCAAUGACUUUCUUGUACGGAACGGGCGAGUGGUGACGGAUGUUCCCGAAUGGAUCCGACAAGGAGCACGGGUCGUUCUAUACAGGUGGUAUGCAUGAGCGAAUGAGUGAGGCAGUGUUCUGAGGUCUCGGUGGCAUUCGUGACCACUCGUGUCAUUCCGGGAUAUACGCAGGUCACGGAAAGUUGCGAGUGGUGACGAACGGUGUCGGUGGGUACAGGGUGUGUAUGUGUGUUUGUGGGUUUUAAUUACAUAUAGAGUCGUGUCAUUGACAAGGCAGCUUUAUUUUAGAAGUAUUCAUUUUUAUCAUGAUUGUUGCACGUUCUUAUUUUUAACGUGGCGUCUUUCGAUGUGUGAAUAAAGUAUAGCUUUUGACAUUAAUGGGGACUUGGCCCCGAGAAAAUGGCAGCCCUAGCAAGAACCACUCUUGUUUAUGUGCUUGCUCGAAUUGUAUGAUGUGAAUUAAUAUAAGUCUAAAACACAAACACAAUGUCACAAUUUAAUACAGGGCACUAGGUGCAACGUUUUCGCCUUGACUGUAAAUGGGCACCUCUUGAAGGUAGACAUUGAGUUAUUCCCAAGGGCUGUAAGACUUGACCUAAAUACAUGGAAUUCCCUUUCCUUUCUACGCACACCACCAAGGCAAUAACUACCAUUUAGGACUUACUAUAGAAAAAAAACAGUGACGCUAAAAUAGCACGGUAAUGUAAGCUUCGAUUUGGGAUACAGCAUUAGAAUAGUUCGUUAAACCUCUGCUAUAGGUACCCUUUUCACACAUCUACAGUUUCCGAGUAACUUUUUUGUUUAUAUGUUAUUGUAAUUGAUAUUUUUACUUAAGUAUAUCUUUUACACCGCUCAUUUUCACCCGAUGAACAAUGCAUUGAGCUGCACAGAUAAUGUGUUGUCCAAACACAGCUAUAGUUUGGGUAUACUGUCGACUUUUUCCUUUCAAGUUGGAAUACUAGAACUGUUUUAAAGAAGGUAUGUAGUAUACAAAAAAAAUAAGAUAAAGAAAACCCGAUUCUUUCAUAUUGAUUAUUAGUUAAUCUGUCAUGGAAUCGGGUGUUCUUUAAUUUCUUUUGGGUAGUAAAUGUUGAUAAAUAUGACGAUGUUGCCACAAAGUGACAAACAAGUUUUCUGUGCAUUCGAUUGAAUGUAAUUGUAAAAUCGUAAUUUGAGGACGAAAUAUUUUUUGUUGUCUCCUAUUUUUUCACAUGUUAUUCUUUUCUUUAAAGUUAUAUAUUUAAGAGGUAAGUCGUUUAAACGCUUUAAAUGAGCAUGGGGACAUGAUUGUCAUCGUAAUGAAAACGACUGAAUUAGUACUGAUUUUGUCUUUCUUUUAUAACGGGCGACGAAUUUACUUUUAUUUAACAAAGAACGUACUAAAAUAGACUGACCCACACUUAGUGCUGGUGUACUGAUGAUCUUGUUUGAUCACUGUGAUUGAAUUCAGAAUGGGGAAUUAUGAAUACUCAAUGGUAUGGUCGUAUUUCAAAUUUUUCUUGUUAGAAAUCAGUGCUGCGACUUGUCUUUGAUGUAUGUCUUAAUUGUAUUUGAAAAUGAAUUAAAGAUGAACUGGCUUUAUUGAUCUGGUUUGAUUAU